AAAAAUAUCAUAUUAUUUUCUUGUGCACAGAUUUAUCAUCGAAUUCAAAUUUAAUAGACACAUGUCACAUAACAGUGACUUAUUUUUCAAUGACGAGGUACACUCGACAUCUACGACUGUACAACAGAUGAGUUAGUAGUUACCUAUACCCCCCCUUGUUUAAUAAAUUUAUUUAUUUUAUUAAUACCUAGUUAAUUAAUUGUUUUUUUUUUUUAUUACACACAUGUCAAUGUUUAGUCGCUUGACAUUUUGUUUAUACAAGGUUAUGCCUACUGCAUUUUGAAUCACAUAACAGAUAAAAAUAAUGUACCUAAUCAUACGAAUUUCUGGUGACAGAGUCCUGUGGACUAGAUAAGUUGAUAUGAUUAGUGCGAAGUGUUUUGGUAAAUACCUAUAUUAAUACGCAAAUGGUAUUCGUGAUCUUCCCGUCUCACUCUAAAUAUUUUUAUAUUGUACAUAAACAAGUGAUAAUGCCAAUUAUUAAUUAACCCAAAGUCCACUGGAGUGGUCUGUUUAUUUUAAUAUUACAUAAACCGACCGCAAUGUUGAGACCAGACCUAACGUAGGUAGUCAUUGUCGGUGAUCAGCAUACAUCGUGUACCUGAAUAAUGCCAAGUUAUACGUAAGACUAUCGCCACUUGAUUUAGUAUUUCGCAAUAUACGUAAGUAAUCAUUUUCGAGCGAUGCGUCUUGAAAUUGCUUCAGCAUGGCUACUGUGGUUUCUGUCCACAUUCGUAUGCAGAUAUUCGACAACAGUAGAUGUAGGCGACGGAGGUCUACUCCUGACGCCCCUAAUACGGGCUGGUCGAUUCGACGAAGCUCGGGCUGCAUGCAAUGUGACGCCUCUGAAGGGAGCCAUCGAGAGCUACUCCGGUUACCUGACCGUGGACGAAGCGCACGGUUCCAACAUGUUUUUCUGGUUCUUCCCGGCCGCGAGCGGCAAAGCGGACGCGCCUAUCCUGUUGUGGCUACAAGGUGGCCCGGGUGCGUCGAGCCUGCUCGGCGUGUUCAACCUGAAUGGGCCAUUCUCAGUGCGCAAGUUCUGUGGCGGCGAGCUUAAGUUGCGUGACCACGCGUGGACUGCUACGCACUCGAUGCUGUACGUGGACAACCCGGUGGGAGCAGGGUUCAGCUACACAGGUGACGAUUCCGGUUACAGUUCUGACCAAAUGGACGUCGCCGAGAACCUGUACGCCACCCUGGUGCAGUUUUUUGAGCUAUUCCACGAGUACCAGCACAACGAUUUCUAUGUAACCGGUGAGUCGUUCGCCGGCCACUAUGUGCCAGCCGUAUCGUACGCCAUUCACCAGAACAACCAUGGGGCCAAGAUCAAGAUCAACCUCAAGGGGCUGGCCAUAGGCAACGGCCUAGUUGACCCUCUCAACCAGCUGUUUUACAGCGAGUACCUAUACCAACACGGGUUCAUUGACGAAAACGGAAAGCACAAAAUCGAACAAAUCGAUAAUGUUAUUCACGCUCAGAUCCUCGACGGCGACUACGAGGGCGCGUUCCGGACAUACGACGAGAUGUUGAACGGCAUAUUCUACCCGUACCCAACACUGUUCCAGAACCUGACUGGCAUGCAAUACUACUACAACUUGCGGUUGGACCGGAAACCGCUGUCGGACAACGAUUGGAUGCAGUUCGUGGAAAAACCGUCCGUGCGUGCCGCGUUACACGUUGGCCAACGGCGGAUGAAGAACAGGAAUAAGGUAGUCUAUCAACACAUGCUUGGUGACGUGAUGCGGUCGGUGGCGCCGUGGUUGGCCGCUCUAUUGGACGCUGGACGCUACAGGGUUCUGUUGUACAGCGGGCAGCUUGACAUCAAGCUCCACCACCGGGGCACCAUGCACAUGGCCCAGUCGCUAGAGUGGUCGGGCGCGGAACGAUUUCGGAACGAACCCUCGCGCACCAUUUGGCGUGUUUGCGAAAAGAAGAAUCGAUGCGACAACAGAAACGAGACCACCGUGGCCGGUUACGCGACGGCGUCUGGUCCACUAACCGUGCUGUUGGUGAGGGAUGCUGGUCACAUGGUGCCAGCCGAUCAGCCGGCUAAUGCUCUUGACCUCAUCAAGCGAUUCACGACUGGUCAAAACUUUUGACCAACAGUAACCAGUCAGUAUCGGCCGUCCUCGGAUAAAAAUAUAUUACUACAGUCAAGUUGUUAUCAUAUACCUACCUUAUAAGUUAAACUCACAGACUUUUGGAUCAUAAUAUCUAACUAUGUACGCAUACCUACCGGCCGGUACCGCGUUCUUCUCUACUCCAGACAGCUAGUCGUAAUCGUGCCGUAUACCAAGACACGGUUAACUUGCAGGCAAGGGUGCUCUAGUCGACGGGCGCCAAGCGUUUCGGUUUAAGUCGAUGGGAUACAUUAUUAAUAUAUAUUAAUAUUGAUUACGAUAAUAUUAUAAGCUCUAAUUUAUAUAGUAAAUAUACUUCAUUUUUUAAAAAAAUGUUUUGGAUAAACGAUAUUUUUAGAUUUUUUCUACAGAAUUUGUAAUCAUCAGUCUUUUUUCCAGCUUAUGUGGUUAAUAAUAAUUUUAAUUUGUAUGUAUAAUGGAUGAUGG